AUGCGGUGGUCUUCCUUGCUCACCUGGGCUCUGUUUCUCUUUUUCUUCGUGGGAGUAUUCGGAGCUCCCGUCGCCGACUCGGGACAACGAGAUAUUGACACUGUGCCUACUCUCGAGCCGAGACAGCAAUCGGAUACGACAUCGACAACAACAGAUACCAGGUCCAACGCUGCGUCAACCACUACAUCCAAUGUCUCAACAGAAACAACGGCAGACAGCACGGUUUCGAACACUCACUCCGCGCCCUCUCCCUCAACGACCAUUCCUUCGCUCGAUGGAUCAAGUGCGUCUUCUGAUAAGGACCCGAAGAAUGAUACAAAGCCGAAAUAUUCGGGUGGUCUCCCUAUUCAGCCGGAGAUCACCCCGGCCUGGGGUGUCGGAGGUAUCAUACUGCUGCUACUCGGCGCGACUCUGGCCUUUAUCGGCGUCCGCAAGAAAUGGGCUCAUAUAUUCCUCUCGACCGCAUUCCUUGCAGCCCUAGGAGUGACUGUCCUGAUUGUCUACGUGAUGAAUCCUCCAGUGAGCAACGCUGUUCAGGGCGGGUACCUGAUAGCCGUCUUUUUCACCGGCGCCAUCUUCGGCGGCCUGGCCCUGGUGUUCAAGGAAAUCACCGAGGGGCUGGGAUGUCUGCUGGGCGGAUUCUGUCUCGGCAUGUGGUUCCUGACACUGAGAUCCGGUGGACUAGUCAGCAGCAGUGGCCCGAAAGUUGGGCUUAUCGUGGCGUUCGCCGUGGGGUUCUAUUGCUUGUCUUUCAGCCACUAUACGCGCUCAUAUGGGUUGAUUGCGUGCACCGCAUUCUCAGGUGCGACUGCGCUUGUGCUUGGGAUUGACUGCUACAGUAAAGCGGGACUAAAAGAGUUCUGGCUCUAUAUAUGGGACCUGAACGAGGACGUGUUCCCCUCAGACACCUACACCUACCCGGUCACACGCAACAUCCGAGUCGAAAUCGCCGUUAUCAUCAUCGUCGCGGCUAGCGGGGUGAUAUCCCAACUGCGACUAUGGAAGGUCAUCAAGGAGCGCCGCGCAAAGGAGGAGAACUCGCGCAAAGAAGACGAGAAGAAGAACGACGAAGCCGAAGCCGAGGUUGGUCGCCAGCUCAAAGAAAAGAACGUCAAAGAGCGAGCCGAGUGGGAGAACGUGUACGGCCACGGCCACAGCGGCAAAACACCUUCCUUGUCUGAAACCGCCGUUGCGGAGGACUCGCGACGAGGAUCUGAUGGGUAUGGCUCUUCCGACAUCGAGAAGAGGGGCGAGUUCGAAAUCAAAGAAAUGACGAGCCCCGAUGACUCUGUUGGGGCAUCUGCCUACGAGACAAGCCAGGAUUCUGGAAACCAAGAUGUUCCUGACACCCCGGUUGCUGAGCAAGACGAACAGUAUUGCGAUGUCCAACCUUCGGAUGAUGGAUCACAGCAUUUGGAAGCAGAGAUGCCGAGAGCGACCACACCCGUUCCAAGCAAUACAGCUGGCCCGACGCAUUUGCAAGAUGAUAGAUCUGAGCAUGGCGCUGUGUUCGGCUCAGAAGCCGGCGCAUUGCGCUCAAGGUGCUUCUCAGACAAUUCUUUGAAGCGGAUGUCAUGGCAAAACCGCGAAGGUGCAAAUGUUACCGACUCACAGCACGAAGAUACGUUGGCUGUACCAGAAGACACCAAUUCGUCUGUCGCGGGCGUUGUGGAUGAGCUGCACGAUGUGAGCACCGGCUGCGCCAGUAUCACACCCAGUGUCCAUAAUCAGACCAAAGACAACGAUCGUGAAGAAUCAGUUGAUAAUGAAGAAUCACAAGAAGGCAAGAGUGCGCCGGAAGAAACCAAGCAGGCCGAGAUCCCAGCACAGCCAGACCCUGAGGCCAUCCCACAGACAGCUCAAGAGACGAGAAAUGAGGCAAGCAGUCAAGCCGCUGAGAAUGACCAGAGUCUCUCGCAAAGGAACAGCCAUCAUAGAAAGCCUGACAACGACACAGCACCUGAGAAGGAAAACGAAAUUUCUGCUGGAUUGAAUCAACCGGCUGAAAGCGCACCAAAGAAGUCGGAAGACUUGGACGUCGAGGAACCCCGUUCGAAAGAUGCAGUUCCCGACGCUGUAGAUACAGCAGCCAAGAACAAAUCCCUAACCAAGGACAACACACCAAAACAACUACCAUCAGCUGUUGAUGCAAAGAGCGGUGCUGAAAAAACUCAGGAACAGCAGCGUCCUUCCAAAGAAACGGAGAAAGAAACGGAGAGAAAAGAGAAGAUGAGAUUGGACACAUCAACAGUCCAAUCCAUUCCCGAACAAACCUCGAGGAUCAUCCACUCAUACCGCACAAAUGAAUGGGCCAAGAACCUGGCAGAUGCAGAAACCCCGGAUGCCGAGCCUAUCUACUUGGAGAGUGAGCUACAGGAUGACUCGGAAGACUUAACCGAAGCUCAAGAAGCCGCAACUCCAGUCGAUAUGGAUCUUCUACUACAGACACCGUUUAAUGCGCAACCACCGCCGGCUGUUAACCGACCAGAGUUCAUGGACCAGAGCACAACAAGCCCGAAGAUAACCCGGCGACACUCUGGUAUUCCCUCGCCGGCACCAUCAGCCGACGUACCUCGAUCACGACCAAGGCGCAGUGCACAGAGUACCAACAAGGUCCAACCUCCACAAGCCCUAUGUCGAACUUCGUCAGCCUCGAAGAAAGUACCGCAUGUAGCACCUGGCCUAUCGCUGCCAGAACAAGAUGACGCCGCAGCGUCAACGCGCAGGAGGUCAGCACCGUUUCUGACCAUUACCGCACCACAAGAAAGCAGUGAAAACACCAACUCGCCGCGAUGGAGCGGCCCGCCGCCCCUGUUAGCAGUGCGAGAGAACAUGGUGCGCAACCGGAUGUCCUCAACAUCCCUCCGAUACGACCCCUGGACAUCGCGCAACCAGUCGUGGCACUCCCUAGCCGAGCCAUCCCCACUCACAUCGCCAACACUCUUAUCCAUCCCUCAAGAACGGGACGAAGAGCAGGAAGAAACAAGUCAAAGCCAAGUUGACGACGAUGAAGACGACAUCCCACUUUCCAAACGCCGCGUCAUGCUGCAGCGCCAGACCAUCCACUCCCCAUCCUCGACAACCAUACAAAGCGUCGAGCCCAUCCGGUCCCCGUCAUCUGCGGACGCAGAUUCAGGGCGCUCAGCCGCUGUCAUGGCGGCCUGGCGCCACUCCGUGCGUGAGGAUAUCUCGCAACGGCGGGAUCCGUUGGCUCUCAGCCCCCGACGCCGCUGGGGUCUCCGAGUUCUGAACGACCAAGGAGCUUGUGGGGGCGAUGCGGCGGAUGCAGGCUUCGGUGAAUCGGAAGAUUAUUCCUUUGGGUUUCGUGCCACCAGCGCCCCCGUGGAGGCAACUGCGUCAUUCGCUCGAGCACAGCGGCGGCAGUGUGCGCCCCUCGCCGGUCCAACAUCGUUCCCUGCUCUCCUCCGACCGCCCGCUGUCCGACUCGCGAACCCCGUUAAUCACGUCCCCCGGAUCACUCCGAUUGCCGUCCCACCGCCGCACCAUUCAGACGAAAGCCUUCCCCUCGCCCAGCGAGACUCCCGCCCCCUCCUCAGUGUCCCCGAGAAACGACGGAGUCGACUAACACCGUCUCCCUCGAGCCUAGUGGUCGAGCGCAGUCAGGGGGAAACCGAGAGCGGGCGCACCAGUAUCGCUCUGCCGCGUGGGCAGAGACGCAGUGAACCCUCGUUCCCCGCAGAUAUGGCUGCCGCCUUCGCCGGGAGUGCAGCGAGGGAAGUAGAGAACCUGCGGCCUCCCGAGGAGGUCCAUUUGGCCCAGGAUGGGAGUCGUCGCCGAGAUGAUGACCGACCCCGUCAUGUCCAGUCACAUACCUCCCUCCGUUCCCAAUCCCAGAUCGCAUCCGUCCCAUCGCACACGGGCCAGCCCCCUCCCGACAUCGCCGAGGAGCUGGCCUGGGGCCCUGCCCAUCCAUGCUUCCCUCACCUCAAUCCCCACGUACCGGUUGGCUCACAAGAGCACCAUACAACGCGAGUGAUUCGCAUUAGACGCGACUGGAUGAUCAAGGGUGAUUUGGCGCCUACGUUCUCGAAUCUCUACCCGGAGAUUCUGGAUCCGCUCCUGUCAGAGCAAGAAUUCCGUAAGGUGAUUGCCACCGUGAACGAUGGAAUUGUCAAGGCUUUUGAUCCAUACAGUCUGCGGAACUGGUUUGAUGGGGCAAUGGGCCUUUUGACCGGCUGGGUGUGGGAUGACCUGAAUGCUCCUGGGGUGAAAAAUCAGUUGCAACAUGUGGAGAAAUGGCUGGAGAACUGGAACCGCGAAGUGGGCGCCAAAGAUGGCGUCUACAUCUGGAGUUUGCGGCGCACGGCAUACAUGUCGCUGGAUAUCCAGAUCCCCGACCCCAAGGUUGGCAUUGUGCCCAGCGAGGGACCGUCCUUGCCAAACACCAGACCCAGCACAGGGGCUGGUUGA